AUGGGAAUUUAUUAUUUUGAAGAAGAGAUUGAAAUCAUAUUAAGGGAAGUAGAUCUGGGGGCCGCUGGUGAUGCUCCCUGGUGGGCGGGGCCAGCGCCCCACCACCUAGGCCAUGGGGGGUCGGGCCCGGGCCCUGGGCAUCAGGCCUUUGCAUUGCUGCCUGUCUGCCCGCCCGCAGAGAAGGCGCGGGGGACGCGCGCUGCCCUCUCCUUCCCCGCCCUGGCCCUGGCGCUGGGGAAGACAACGGAGACGUACCGAGCUUCGCUGCCCUACGGGGGGAUCAGUGCACUGGGCUCCCUCCGGUUCCAGUUGACUGUGCCCAUCUCCGUGGUUUUUGCCAAGGGAGCUCUGUCGGGAGCUCAACAGAGGAGACUGCCUUUUUCAGACACAAAGGAGGAGGAGAACCUGUUAAACUCAAAAGCAAGCGUUACGUCCUGCUAUGCGAUGACUUAUCGGAGUGCAACCGUCACAGAGCAGGCAGCCUUGGCCGUGGCCACUGUGGAAGAGGCAGACGUUGCACUGCACCCACUGCAGGAGGACUUGUUGGGUGCUCUGACUGUAUACGUGAUCCCAGAAACCUCCCCUCUACUGCCUCAGGGUGUUGGCGUGUACGUCGGGAAUCACCGGAGUGCUGUGAUGCGGUGUACGCCAGGCUCAGGGGAUGUUCUGGCUGCUGUUAGUGCCCGCGUGCAGCAGAUUGUGCAGGCCAUGUCCUUCACCAUUGACUCUAUCGCCACUGCCUUGUCUGACCGCAUGCCCACGGACACAAGGCACCCGUUCAAAUCCAGCCUGGGAUACGAAAUCACCUUCAGCUUAUUGAACCCGGACCCCAAGUCCCAUGAUGUGCACUGGGACAUCGAGGCAGCUGUCAGCAGCUAUGUGCAGCCUUUCCUCAACAAGCUGGGCUCUGUGGCCAACUUCUCUGUGGACUCCCAGAUCCUGUACUAUGCCGCCCUGGGGGUCUCACCCCGCUUUGACAAGGCCUCCUCCAGCUUCAUCCUGAGCGCGCACAGUCUCCCCCACGUCAUUAAUCCGGUAGAAGCCAGGCUGGGUUCUAGUGCCACUUCGCUCUACCCCGUAUUGAACUUCCUGCUGUAUGUGCCAGAGCGUGUCCAUUCCCCCCUCUACAUCCAGGACAAAGACGGUGCUCCUGUGGGAACUAAUGCCUUUCACAGCCCCCGCUGGGGUGGGAUCAUGGUGUACAACAUUGACCAGCCAGCUCCUGAAAAGGCGCCUCUCCCACUGCGGGUAGACGUGGACAUGGUGCAAGUGAUGGAGGUGUUCCUGGCCCAGCUACGGUUGUUGUUUGGCAUCUCCCAGGAGCCACUCCCAGAGGACUUCCUGUUGGUGAGCCCUGGGAGCGAGGGGCUGGCUGACUGGGAGCUGGACCGCCUGCUUUGGACCCGGACAAUUGAGAACAUUGCCACGGUGUCCACCACUCUCACCUCUCUGGCCCAGCUGCUAGACAAGAUCGGGAACAUUGUCAUCAAGGAUGAUGUUGCUUCUGAGGUAUACCGUGCAGUAGCAUCAGCGCAGAUUGCUCUGCUAGAGCUGGCCUCAGGCCACCUGGGCACCGCAUUCCAGGCCAGCAAAGAGGCAGUCACCUCCUCCGAGCGGGCCUUCUUUGACCCUUCGCUGCUGCAUCUCCUCUACUUCCCCGAUGAUCAGAAAUUUGCCAUCUACAUCCCACUCUUCCUGCCCAUGGCGGUGCCCAUUCUGCUGUCCCUGGUGAAGAUCCUCCGGGAAGCCACACAGAGCAAGAAGGAGCCCAUGAAAACUGACUGAGCCUGUCUGCAGCUACCCCAUAGGGCAGGGGAGCUCAGAGCUAGCUUAUAACAGCCUGUCUGUGUAGCAACAGCCAGGACCCAGUUCAAGGGCCUGGACUCAGAUGAUUUGUUAUGAAUCCUGGCAGUGGGGAUAGUCUGGCAGAAAUAGGGUGCUGGGACAGAAACUGAGGCUUUGAUCCAGCAUGGCCACUUCCCAAUGUGGACCUCUGGGUUUGCCUUUGACACCUGCAGCUGGCCCAGGCCAGUUGACUCAGGCUAAGGGGCUGUGUUGUGGUGGUGUGGAUCCUUAGCCAGGAGCCUGGACUCUAGGACCCUUUCACCUUACAGGGUCCUAGAGUUGUGGGCUCCAACCCAAGCCCAAAUAUCUGCAUGAAAGAGCUCCUUGGCAGGAACCCCACAAGACCAAGUCAGAAGCACCUGUGGGAUUUGGAGUGCAGCAUGGCUACAGCUGCCUGUGACUGGCCAUCUGAGCAAAAUGCUUCUGCCAGUCGGGUCCAAGGUGUGUGAGCUUGGGCUGCUUCGACUUUUUCUAGUUCCUAUAGCUGGCUGUACCACCAGACAGCAGAACAGGGAUUGCUGGGGCUCCCUGCCCGCUUGCGCGCGCGCUCACCCUGGGGCUCUCCUGUGAGUCUGAAGGCUUGGUGCUAGCUUCUGGAAGAUGCUCUGGAGUCUCUGUCUCCUGUGAGUGCUCCCAUCUAGCCCAGCCUCCAGCUGGCCUGCACCUGGGGUUGCCUUGCUUAGCAGGGUGAGACAUGGAGAGCUGAGGGCACCUUCCUUUUACUCCUGUUGAGAGCUUUGGUCUUGGCAGAACCCCACCUGCAUGUGCUGGACUCAGCUUCUUCCCCCUAGUAUAGGGGGCAUGGAUAGGUCAGCCUGUGCCUGCAAGUGGGGUAGGACUUCCUUGAAGGGACUGGAGCAGGAGAGUGCUGCUCAUGCUUCAGGGAUGCUCCGAAAGUGCCUCUUGGGUUUCUUAGCUGGCAGCCUGCUGGUCCCAGCGGAGGGCCCCGGGCUGCCAAGGGGACAAACAUGAGAGUGAUGCACUGAUGAAUGGUGGGCAAAACAGUUUCUUUUCAAUAAAACUAAAAACUAGACUGUG